AUACUGUUUCAAAUCUGUUUUGGUGAUCUUGCCCUCCACAUUCUCACAUUCUCUGGUGGAUUCUCGAUGGUGGCUCUUUGCAUUGCCGGAUAUUGGAGGUCACGAUGGAUAGCUAUGAUACUUUCUUACUCUUUUUCUUUUUUUUUCCCCUUCCCCCUGCCCCACGACCAUUCCGGCAGGCCGAAUUCCCUUGGCCCGAUCAUGGUGAUGAUGUUGAUGAUAAUGUCGAAUUCAUGGGAAGUUGUCCUUUUUUUCUUCAAUUCUUACUUCUUUUCCUUGCCUUCCAAUUCUUCUUGUCUUGCCCCUCAGCAGGAUCAGAGUGGUAUGUGACACAUCUGGUGGGUGCAACGGUGGUAGUCGGCCUAAUCAUUGUGGGCGGGAAGUGUUACACUGAGAGUUACACUGGUUUUUCCCCGAGUAAUCUCCAUUUUCAUCGCCUUCCUUCCAAUCAUCGCCAUCAUCGCCUGACAUCUUACAUAACAGGCCCGUUUCCUCUCCUCUCUCCCUCUCUAUGCAUUGCAUCAAUUUUCACAUCAUCCUCGCAUCUCAUAUCCCCUCCCCCUCAUACAGCUCUACUUCCUUCUCUUAAAUUUAUCUAGCCAUCGCAAUUCCUCCCAUAAUAAAAAGACUCCCCCUUCUUGGUUCCACUUCCCUUGCUCC